AUGGUUUACAUCAUGUUUAUCUUCUUAUUAGGGUUGGUGUUGGGGCUUGCAGCGGUUGCUUCUAACCCCUCGCCGUAUUUUGCGGCGUUGGGGCUGGUUGCAGUAGCAGGCAUGGGGUGUGGGGUGUUGGUGGGGCAUGGAGGAUCUUUCUUAUCUUUAAUUUUAUUCUUGAUCUAUUUGGGGGGGAUGUUGGUAGUGUUUGCAUAUUCGGCAGCGCUAGCUGCUGAGCCUUAUCCGGAGGGCUGAGGGAGUUGGCCUGUUCUAGGGGUUAUAAUGGCUUAUGUACUAGGGGUGUGUGUGGCAGCGGGUUUAUUUUGAGGGGGGUGAUAUGAGGGGGCUUGAGUUUCAGCCGACGAAUUUGCUGAAUUUUCGGUUUUUCGGGGGGAUAUUGGAGGGGUAGCUUUGAUGUAUUCGGCUGGCGGGGGCGUUUUGGUAAUAGGGGCUUGAGUGUUGUUGUUAACGUUGCUUGUGGUGUUGGAGUUAACACGGGGCUUAAGUCGGGGGGCUCUUCGAGCUGUUUAA